GGUCACUUAAGUUUCCUCUUACCUCCGACCAAACAUGACACAUCUCUCCCUUUUAGUGUCUUUUAUAUUGGCGGCCUGCUUUCCUGUUACCACCGUAGCCUUCCUGCCUCGAGUUCUCUCAGGAAACGGAAAGUCGACAACGCGUGAUCAUGCAAUGAUAACAAAGGAAGGAUUUCUAAAACCGCUUCUCUAUUUUUUUGUUGAGAACCCGCAGUAUUUAAAAAACGAUUCACUAACAGACGUUUUGGAUCAUCUUCUAUCGAUUGAUGUUCAAGAAGCUAUACAAGUUACUAUUGAUAACAUAUCGCCGCAGAUCAAGUUUCUCAAUGCUUUAAACGAAAUUCAGAGCGCCAACGCUGAAAUUGAUUCUUUCCCGUUUAGUACCUCUGCUUCUGCUCACUUCGAUGGCGAGCAGUUUGAGCAAGGAGCUACGCGGCUCGUGCAGCUACGUCAAGAGCUUGUCACGAUGCUUCUUCAAGGAGAUAAACUACAACAUGCAAGAAAUUUGGCCGGUGAAGCUUUGCACACCCUGCAGGAUUUUUACAGUCAUUCCAACUGGAUAGAACUCGGCAAUCCAGUACCGUAUGACAUUUUAGGCCGUCCCGGAAGUGAUAUCCCGAAAGAGAAUAUUGCAUCCCCCAACGAAGCAACAUGCAAGGACUGCAAACCAGGGGAAUGUGAAAAUAACUUGAUCACAAUGAAGCUUACUAGUGGAUAUAGGUCAGAUCAAGACAUCAAGAAGCCUGAGAAUAUGGGAAAAUGUAGCCAUGGUGGGACAAUGGAUGAGAGCCGUCUGAAGCCAGCAACCGGCGGGAUUAACAAAGAUUCGACUUCUACACUUGUUUCGCCUCACGCGAGGUAAGAGUUGGGUUUAUGAGAUACUUUCCUCGUCGCAAGGCCGUGGAACCUUUUUUUUAGUCUCGCCUUAGUUGACUACAUUUGACUGUCCCAAUUAUAAAACUUCAUAUAAAAACAAAACAAAAAUAGCUACACUUGUGAAUUAUUAUAAAUACACAGUGUUGAAUUCAGCCCUGUUAUAAAGAAAUCAUAAUAAGUAAUAUGAAUAGAUACAUAAAAAAAUAGAUAAAUUACCCACUUCAGUAGAAGAGGUUUAUAGUCUAGCGAUCGUAGUGGGGGAAUCAGUCUUGAAACCUAAUUAAUUAACUCAGACUUAUGCAGCAAAGAGAGGAACCUUAGACUGUCGCUUACGAUUUGCACAGUUUGUGUUUAGCACCCAAGGGCAAUGUUAUUAGUUAGGUUACGUGAGUUAGGUAAUAAUUUGCUUCCUACCUUAAAAAAAAAAACAAAACAAAACAAAACAAAAAAAAAGCAGGUUUUGAUCACGGUUUUGAUGCAUCAAGCUUUAAGCAACGAUCACAACAAACCCACAAGACAUGAGUCUUUUUUUGUAAAUAAUCAGCGUUGUGACUUAAGGCUAUAGCAUAUAGAAGAGAGUCUCUUAUUCGAGCAUACCAAACCAUCGUACGUACACACAUGUAAAAACAUGCAAACGCAUUACUUGAAUGCAAAGACGUGCGUGACAGUAAACUUUUAAGCAAUACUCGAAACUUUACUUUGAGUGAUCGCAUUCCUGAGUGUUCCAUCAUAGAAAUGACGUCAAAAUAAUCCGUGAAACUUCCGUUUAGGUUUUGAAGAAUUUGACGUCCUUUCUGUGAUCAAUCUACCAAAUAAAUAUUGUUUGUUCAUGUUAUCUAAGAAAAUAAUGCACUCUCGAGAUCUAUGAAAACUGCUAGCAAGCCCCAAGCGAGUACAUUUAACGGUUUUUGUAAAUCUCAAAAGAGCAUGCUAGAAAACAUAGAAGACUGCGAAAGACGAGAUAAUCAGCAUGUGACGAGCGUGGGGAUCUCAUGAUCGAGCGCUCGCUUUAUCCACUGACCUAUGAAGAGUAGACAAGUGCAGAAUUGGCUGAGUGAUUUGGAAGCUGAUUGGCUGAUUGAUUUUGUUUAUUGCCUGAAACGCGUCAUAGGCUGAGACAGUAUAUAUGGACUUCCUGUGCUUACAUCUGACAUCAGAAGCUUAUUUUAGUUAACCAAUAGCAAACUGCAUCCUUUGUGUAUGGCCUGGAAUCGCCUGGUGUAAGCGUAGCAAGGAGGGGGGGGAGGGGAGGGGGAGAGUGGAGAUGGUAUGAUGGUAAGAAGGGGAAGAAUACGGAACAGCUGUUCUUAGAGACGGAUAACCCCUUCAUGUCCAACAUCUUCUUAUCAUUCGAAAGCUCAAUCUAACGAUCGCUAGAUAUUGAGACAAAGUCGUUCCCAGGGUUUUCUAUUACUCGUCCCUUCGGAACGAGAGAACGAGAGAGGGAAGAGAAAGAGAAAAUCCUGGGAACGAGGUUUAAUAUAAGAGCAUACGCACAGCUAAUCAAAUGUGUUACCUCUCUUCUUCUUUCUCCUGUUUGUUUUUCUUUUUAGCUUGCAUAAAAUUGCCGCUGACCUUGCUAUCGAAGCCACCAGCAUAUUCCUGAGUGACAUUCGCUCUACUGUUGGUGAUGACAUCUUCGCAAAAUUUCUGAACUUGAAGUCGGAGAAUUCCAUGGCGUUAGUGAUAGAUGUAUCUGGGAGCAUGAGCGGUGAGUUAAAAAUAAUGAUUCCUUUUUUAUGCCAAAAAGCAUAAAGCUUAAAUAAAACUCCCCUGUGGCUAUCAUUUUUGGUUGGAUAUUUGGGUGGACCAGUAGGCCUGGGCCUCGAUUGUAAAACAGUAUGGCUUUUUGGACUUACGAUGACUCCAGUCAUACGACAGAAAUAUCCCAAAGCCAGUGGCGGAUCCAGGGGAGGGGGGGGGGGGGACCGGCCCCUUAAUUUUAGACCAGACGAAGGCCCGAAGGGCCAAAAAAAAAUUUUUGGACACCGCCCCCCAGGCUACAUUUUUAGUCAGGCUGGAAGCGUUUACAACGAAUAGAAGCGAAAUUGGAGGACAAAAAAAUUACAAUCCCACAGUAAGUAGUUUGUAGUUUCGUGGGUGGCUCGCUCGUUACAACAUACAACAUACAACGCAGUACACUACAACGCAGUACACAAUUUUACUAUUAAGCGGUCUUGAGACUUGCGGAAUAAUGUGGUUAUAACUCGCUUUCUAUUUUGUUUGCACCAGAUGAAAUCAGCGAGGUGAAAAGAGUAUCGAUCGAUUUUGUUCAGCGAACUUUACAAAAGAAAGGAGCAUCUUUCACUUACAUUCUUGUGCCUUUCAGCGAUCCAGGUAGGUCGCCUGAUUUAUCAACAUUUACUGCUCAUCAUCCAACAAGGCGAAGAUAAGAAGAACAAAAAACAUGUGGACCUUACACUAGCUUUUCCUUAUUACACUUGUGACGCACGCUUUAUCUCCGUACUCCCCUGCUGAUUAGAAAAUCGAGACUUUUCCCUUUGGUCCGUGAUUUAAAACAAGGGAACGCUUGUCCAAUAAUAACCAUGCUCAUUGCUGAUUGCCUCAGAAAAUCAUCAGAAGCUCAACAAGAGACUGUUCAUUACCCGCCCCCUAUCAAAACACGGCAUGUAUCAAAUAUUUUUUGGGAGCAAAUUUGGGUGUAAACACCCAACUCACUUGAAUGGUAGCAGUAAAAUAAUGAUUAGCUUUAUAAAACUGCCGUUUAUCUAGUCCAUUGUUAUUUACAACGUUACUCUUUCCCUUUAUAGAGGUGGGUCCUGUUACAGUAACAAGUGAUGCAAACACAGUGAUCGACGCAGUUAACAACUUAACUGCUUCUGGAGGCGGGGACUGCCCUGAACUAGGCAUGACGGGUGUUUACCAGGCCCUUCUCCACUGUCCUCCGGAGACCAUCAUUUAUUACUUCUCAGACGCAGAUGUGAAAGAUGAGCAUAGAGAAAGGGAAGUCAUGUCCCUGGCUAAGGAGAAAAAAGUCAAGAUCAACUUGAUUUUAUCCGGUGAAUGCGGUCGGCGAAGAAAGCGAGAUGCUCAGCAAUCGGAUCAGUUGUCGAACUUUAUAGAGUCUCGCCGUCACCGUACAAGGAGAAAUGCUCAAAGUCAAGCCCUGUACCAGGCCAUCGCUGCCCAAACAGGUGGACAAGUCCUUGAAACUACCAAGGCCGGAGUGGCUCAGGUUGUUGAAGUCAUUGAUAGUGGAGGUUCAUCUAACUCAUCGGUUGCCCUCAGAAAAGUGGAGUUGUUGAAUAUGAAGGAAACUAGAACUCAGUCCUUCAGUGGUCAAGUUCACUUCGUGGAUGUCGACAGCACGUUACAACGUUUGGUUUUUGUACUAACGGCAGCUAAUUUGCCAAGCUUAGAUGUCAAAACUGUAGAAGGUAUGUAAAGUACGCCCCUAUCAGGGACACCCAACGAGAAUAUAGUUCAAAACCACUUAAACAUAGCAUUGUUAAACGUCUUUUAGUAUUUAAACGGUAGAUAUAGACAUAUUUUUAUCCACUAAAAUUUUUUCAUCUGUUCGGAUUUCCUAGCUGAAAGUCUAGUGAUCCGAAAAUUAUAGGGAUGAAAACUUACCUUUUCGAAAAUUUCAGCCAGAAAAAAGGCUCCCGAAAAUUCUAAGGUGACCUUUUUAGAGUAAAAAAUCCGUUAAAAAUGGGAAAUUAUACCAUUUUUUAGAUGUUCGACAAUCCUAGGAGAGGCAGGCAAGCAAGAAAUUUUGGCACAAAUGGUCCGAAAAUUCUAGAUUUCAAAUCGUCUUCCGAACAGAUAUUUUCCGAAACCUGACGUUGGGUGCCCCCGACCUGUGAAUAAGUAUGAAUAUUGAGCUCAUUCUAUCCUGCAUUAGAGCAUCAACCGGAAGAUGAAAGAUCUUCGUAAUUAAAAAUCCAGUGAGGAGGUAAAAAUAAAAAUAACAUUUCAACAAAAACUUUACAAAAGUCUUCUAGAGAUAGCCUGCCUAAAGCGUAAAAAGUUGGUAAAAAAAAACUUGUAAAUUUUAGUUUGUUCACCCACGAAGCACUUAACAGUUCUUUUCAACUUGUUUAAACGUGUCCGUGCGUUCUACAUCGAAUUGGAAUUUGGAAAUGUUGGUUAUUGAGGGGAGGGAAAACCGGAGUACCUGGGGAAAAACCUCUCGGAACAAAAGACAGAACCAGCAACAAACUUAACCUUAUGGCGUCGACGCCGGGAUUUGAACCUGGGCAACACUGGUGGGAGGCGAGUGCUCUCACAACUGCGCCAUCCCUUGCUACCCAAAAUCAUCACGAUAUUACCAAAACAGUCAACUAUAUGUAAAAGACGACUGCUUACCAAAUGUAGACAAGGUCAUUAAAUACUCAUUACGUUGGGUCGGGAGAUCUACUUCCUUCAAACACUCGUUUUAUUCCUUGAAGAGUUUAUUUUCAAAACUUUAAUUUUACACUGAUAUUUUUUCACAGGAAAUUCAUUGCUACUCAAAAAUGUAACCAAGUCAAAUAAGCUUCUUAUUACAGAAGCUAGUAACUUGAUUAGCGGGACCCUAAAGCUUGCAGUUUCCUGUGUUGGUCCAUACACACUUCAAGUAACCGGCUCCAGUCCUCUUGACUUCACUUACCAACUUUUAGACGUAGAAGACCUGGAACGAGGAACUACAAGGCGUGUCGUAGGAAAUCCUUUGAGAGGUAAGGGGACAUGCAAAUAAGCCGUAUGUACGGAAAGUAAGUAAAAAAACCACUUUUCUGAAGACUUUUUUUUUCUUAAACAAAAUUACAAGUUAUGUUAGCAAUAUCUGGAAAACAGUACGAUAUUCCAUUCUUUCAUUUCUUUUAAAUAAACGUUUCCCUUUCUAGUUUGACAGCUAUGUUCGUGAAUACGUGAUUAAAUUUUUAUGAAGUUUCAUCGACGCCUGGCGGACGUAUGAGACAAGUUGAUUAUACUACGUUUCAGGGAAUAACCCUCCCUUUUGACGUCUAAAAUCUCAUUUACAGGGCAAACAUUGUUACUUACGGUGGAUUUCACUGGUAAGGAAAUAGAGAAAGCAAGCAAUUUAACACUUGUGGGCGUGAACGGAACCGACCUCCAAACAUUUAACAUCACAAAAGGAUCUUACAAGAACUCCUAUUUCGUUACCUUUGCUCCAUCUCCAGAGAAAUUUAGGCUCAAGGUGACAGGAACAGACAAAACUGGGGCUCGCUUUCAGCGUGUAAAGCCAACUCUGUUUACUCUUGGUGACGUUAAACUGUCCCAAAAUGUGGACGGUAGAAACAGCUCAAACACGAUUAUUCCCGGGAAAACUUUAGAGGUAGAAAUUAACGUUAAAAACUCCGGGGACACGCAAACCUUGUAUUUCACUGCAUCAGACGACCUGGAGUAUUACAAGAGCAUAAGUCCCUCGAAAGGCACCUUGGGAAUGAAUGACACGUUGGUUCUUCGACUUUCCCUGCUUGCCCCUAGCAACGCAAAAUAUGGCGUGACAAGCACUGUCACGGUAUUUGCGUCACAGAAUCUUGACUUCACGCAGGUUGUUAAUUUCAUGGUUUUGUUUGUUACUGUGGCAUCCAAGGUAAGAAUUUAUAGAAAGAAAAACGGACACAGUACUUUAAUUAAUGCGGUGCCAAGGUAACGGCUCAAAGUGGUGUUCAUACCUUGUGUACCCGCCAGAGUACGUAUUCACUCCAUUUUGCGUUAUCCGACGCAGUUUUUGAAACUUAGAAGUAGCAGGGAGUUUUGGGUAUGGAAACCAAUGGACAGCUUCGGAACUAGCAGAAAACUUGAGCAAACAGGGAGCCGCUGCCUACGCUAGUGCCUUAGUACAAGGCCCGACAUCGCGUUAAAACAACUGGCGUGGGUAUACUUGAAAAAAGGGUGUCUUCACAUUAGUGCCAAACGAUAUGCCGUACUCGGGCAGUGCCUGGAAACCAACCAAUUGUAAACAGGCUACUUACUCUCAGUCGCUAUAUAUGCGUUAUCGUCCAAGCGUGAGGUCAAGAUGGCUGGACAGGACAUUAAGCUCAAUUACUAGCCGCUGAUCGGGAAAUGAGCCCGCGCUCCACCCCCGAACAGGCUUCUCAGGGAGUGUCUCGAGCCUUGGCCAAGUUCUUUUUUUGCGUUCUUUUUUUAACUUCGUCUCGGGAAAUAAAAACGCAAAAUAAUAAUAAUAAUAACAAAAAAAAAAACGAGGCCAAUAUUUGGCCAACUUGACUGAACAAGCUUGGUCAAUAAAUGAUUCAUUAUAUGGCUAAACUGGAGAACUUUUGCUUGCGGGACCAGCGCGGGAAAUCCCGAGCGGGCAAGAUGGCCCCAUCUUGCUCGGUCUGGUGGCCAAUCAGAAUGCAUGAUUAUUCGCUUCAUCUUGCCCGCUUGCGAAUUCAGCCAUGUAAAAAGAAACUUUUUGUUUAUCCAUGUCUGAAACAUAGCCAAUCCUACAGAGAAUUAUUCUUUGCUCUUGAACACCGUAGGGAGAUUAUUUUCUCUCUCUAAGAUGGUCGAUUUGCUUUGACAACUCAGUUGUUAACACCACAUUUUCCUGUUGUUCCACCACACAGUUUCUUCAGAAACCAACCCCUUGUAAAUUUCUAAACACAUUUGCUCCUAUCCAUUGUUGGAGAAAACGCGUUUUCAGUCGUUUAGUCAUUGCUAUUAAUACCUAUUUUCUCGUUGACUUUAAUAAGAAAGCCAUUGUUUUUUAAUUACGUCACGUCUUUCAAUUUAUAGAACCCUGACCUUGACCCUCCCUCAUGUACAGUGGUAAGCAAGACCGGGGCAUGUGCAAAGGUAUACGGCAGACCGGACUGCAUCUUAAACGCGUGGAAAGCGAAAGUCAUGUUCAUUGAUGCUGGAGAAGGACUGUCAUCGAUAACAACACGAGACAAUAAAAACGGGACCCUUGAAGGUAAGUGCAACACAUAGAGUGAAAUGAACAUGAAGUCGAUACACAGCUCUAUGUUGAAAAUUUGCAUUUGGAACAUGUUCGCAAACGAAAAAGUGGAGUUUCGUUUAAAGGCGAUGUAACUGGAAAUUUAUACUUGAAACAAAAAACUUCGAGCUUCUGCAAAGAAAAUUAAAAAUUGACGUCAUACUUUAGUUGAAUGAUUAACUAAUAGAAAAAUGUGACGUGAUUAAAUCAGAAAAUAAAAUAAAUAAAGAUUAGCACUUCUACUAGGUGGUUCUUCGUUUCCCUGAUUCCUGGUCGAAUUGGAAUUUGAAAAUGUUGGAAUUUGGGGAGAGGGGAAAACCGGAGUCCCCGGAGAAAAACCUCUCGGAGAAAAGGAGAGAUCCAACAACAAACUCAACUCACGUUAUGAGUCAGUUACCGUAUUUCGAUUUCGAGUCUGUGCUUUGAAAGACACAACCGAUUUGUUUUGAGAAAUCUCUAAUACGUUAAAUCUUGAUGAUUUAUUCUUGAAAAUUUGAAAUUUUUGGGUCAUUUGAGAUUGAUAAAGUUAUUUUUUCUUAAUUUGUACUUAACGUUUACUGCUAUUAUGGUCCCUCAGAUGCAUUUGAAUUUAGUUGGAAUGGCUAAAACCGAUAAUCGAACGCAUAAGUGGUUUAACCUUUUCUUUAGUUCAUCCAACUUUCCAGGAAAAAUCGGUUUUUCUAGUUACGACUCACGUAGCAUGGCUCCAUUUUCGCGCGAACUUAAAUAGACCAAUCGAAGAGAUUUGUCCUUCACAAAGACCAAUUAUAGAAAACUUCUCAGAGCUUUCCUUGUCUCUGCUGAAGCCAAAACGAACAUAAACAAACGUAAACAAACAAACAAAAGAAUAUUUCUCGAAUGGAGCAUAGCGGAUCGAUGUUUCGCUAUUGACCAGGUCAAUGGUAAACAUGUUGCAAAUUCAAUUUUCUCCAACGAAGCUGCUUUUGCGUAGAUGUAACCUCAUGUACAAAACGAUAUUUUUGUGUAAUACCCCUCUUGAAACUACAUAACACUUCAACACUUCAUGCAAAGUUUCGAGUCUUAAUGAAAAUAUUUGUGUUUAUUUUUUUAGUUGGCAGGUUCAAUCAGGGUGUAGUAAACAAAUCGAUCGUUGCAACAUACACAUCUAACUGUUGUCAUCCUGGAGUGCUUUUCGUCGGGCUUGACCUUGUAGGAAAUAUGGGCACAUGUUCCAUCAGCCUUGUACCUGAUAUAGUGUCUAUGAGAGCCAAACCAAGCACCACAACACUGUCCCUCUCUCCUGGAAACACCACCAAGGUCCCUUUUAAACUCGUCAACCUGGGCUCUAAAGGUUCAGUCUCAUUUGAAGUGACUAAAACACCUGCACUUAUUAGUUACGUAAUGCCUUUUAGCCUCGUUCUGAAAGCAAAUGCCAGUUUCGCUGGACAAGUGGUUAUAAAGUCACGUGGUGAGGUCCGAAAGCCGCAGAAUUUGACGGUCAAAGCUGUUAUACAACCAGGAACUGUACAUGAAAGAAAGAUCGCGUUAUUUUCUAUUCAAGUGGCUUUAUCUAGAAACAAGGUAAAGUUUUUGUGAUACCCAAAUUUUAUUCAAAAAUGGCGGCAAUACUGCUUUUAUUAUUUUUCGUUUAUAUGUUUUCUUUUAGCGCUCUUUGCCUCAAUUAAAUGUGUACAAUUCAAAUUAGCUUUACCUUGCAACGAUGUAUUAAGAGCCAAUUAUUAUAAAGACAAAAGAAUAACUACAUUUGCCGCCUUUCUGGAGUAAGCUGUGUAACCUUUUGGUAUAAAAUUUGUUCGAUUUGGCUGCAAUUUACAGUCAUAUACUAUCAACUAACUUGAACUUUGUUCAAUUGAUUUUUCAGUGUUUUUUUGGUGUUCAUUAGUUCGUCAAACAUAUUUCUUUAGGGACUUUAAGAUCCAAGGAAGUGAUGGCAGCAAAAGCAUUGUUUGAAAAGUGAAUUUGCGUUCUUUUAGCCUUUCUCGCGAUUAUUCCUACCCAUGCACUUACUUUAAUGUAGGCGCCCCCUCCUGGUGCUGAAUUCCUUGGGACAGUAUCCAAGUUCAGAAAAAGAAAUAAAAUUUCGUCGUCGAUUGUUUACGUCCUCUAUAAAACGUGUACUAGGCAAUGUCACGUCGUCGACCUGCAAGAAUGGCAAACUAAGAAAGUGUGAUACCUGGAGUGCAAAGUUAUUGUUUUGCCUAUCAAACCUAUUGUUUUUUUAACGUUCUCGUUGCCACUGCGCUGUCAGAUCUUAAAGUCCCUAUUACCAAACGAACGUAAUGGUCCAUUGCCAUGGUUACUAGUGAGCUUAAUCCUUCUAUGGUGGCCAGUUUGUUUUGUCAACUCUUUAAUUUUAAAACUAUCUUCUGAAAACAUUCAAUUUAAUUAAACCUUGCAGAACCCAGAUCUUUCUCCUCCAUCAUGUACGGUAUUUAACCAAACUAGAUCUUGCAACAAUACACAUGACAGAUCAAAAUGCAUGUUGAGCACGUGGCAUGCACGUGUCGUUUUCAUCGAUACUGGAGAAGGUCUGGCGUCGAUAGCAACACAAGGCAACGACAACGGAACUCUACGAGGUAGGUGACGUUUGUACAACCUUAGUACACUCUGUGCCUUUGACGAUUAAUUACGUCAUUAAUUACGCUCAAUUAGUGUGUUUAAUAGUGCUUUUCACAUAGUUGUACUUAUUGUCUCACAGACUCUCAGAUAAGAAGGUGUGAAAUUUCUUAUGCUUAGCAGACGAAUGCGACACUUAUUUUCUUGUGUAUUUAUUAUUGUUUUAGUCGAUGCUUUUAAUCUGGGUGCAGUAAACACAUCCAUCACAGCUUCUUUCACAUCUAACUGUUGCCAUCCCAGAGUGCUUUUCGUCGGUCUUGACCUCGUUGGUAACAUGGGCACUUGUUCUGUCAGCCUUGUUCCUGAUAUUGUGUCUCUCAGAGCCAAACCAAGAACCACAGCUGUGUCCAUUUAUCCUGGGAGCACCACCAAGGUCCCUUUUACACUACUCAACCUCGGCUCUAAUGGUUCCUUCUUAUUUGAAGUGACGAAAACGCCUGCACUCAUCAGUUACGUUAUGCCUUUGAGCCUCAUUCUGGCAACGAAUGCCAGUGCUGUGUGUCACGUGGUCAUCGAGUCACGUGGUGAAGUCAAAGAGGUGCUAAACUUGACGGUCAACGCUGUCUCACAAUUAAGCAAUGUAAAUCUCAGAAGGGUGGCAUUAUUUUCUAUCCAAGUGUCUGUGGUGCCAGCCUUUCCUCAUUUGCCUUUAGAAGCUGCUGUAACCAAAAAUCGUUUCUCUCUGACGGAUGGGGGAAGACUAGAGGUCAAUUUCACAGUACAGAAUUUAGCUUUGGACGACACCUUCACAUUUCACGUAAGCAAUUUUUGCUCCGUACAAAAUUAACCGGCUCUGAAAUAACACGAGAGAGAGAAAGAGGCAGAAAUCGAGCCUUCCCUGCCGUAGGUAAAGAAUUAGUAACUCUGUUGCACUAAUUUCUGGUUUUCUCUGAUGACGCAACUAAAAAUGAUUGAAGAAAAAGAAAAAGCAAAACAAAAAACCUUCAAUCAAAGGGAAAUAGAAGGAUGUAAAUAUGCAAAGAUCCUCGCCAAGAUUCAGUAGUCAUUACAAUUUUUCGUAUUCAAGAUAUUCGGUGAAAUGAUGUACCUAAAUUUAUAGAGCUUUGUACGAAAACGCCAUGUGCUCAUUCGGAUGGACACCAACAUGGCGGCCGGAAACCAACAGAAGUAUCUUUCAGUAAGUUUUGCUACUCAGUAAAGCGUGAAUUCAGUCCCUCGAGGAACUCUUAACCAUUAAAGUAAUACUUUUUCUAAAACAAUAACUGUUCCCAUAGCAAAAUGUCUAAAAACAAUUAUUAGUCACUUUUUUAACCGACAUGACAUCUCUCUGUCCACCAUGCAAAUGUCACGUCACACGUUACGCUUUCUUUUUUUAUUGUUAUUUUUUGGUCAAUAGGUGCUCACGAAUCAAUCCUCGUUGAAUGGAAAUGUUGAGCCAUCUCACGUUUUUCUCAGGACAAUGCAGGCCACUUCUUGCCUGUUGAUCCUGACGUCUCAAUCUGAUGCCGCUACAAAAACCGUCACGCAAGUAAACGUGACGGCCACACCAGCAUUACGCAGCACCGGCGUAAAACAGUUUCAAGUCUUCUCUAUCAUUGUAAAAGUAGAUGGCAGUCCUCACACAGAAACGGCGGAUUUGGAUAGUGGGAAAAGACGCCUUAAAACUUUGUACGUUGUGUUAAUAGCCAUUGCAGUUUUCAUUUUGCUGAUAACUCUUAUUUCAGCCGUCGUUUAUCGUCAAAAAAGGGGUUCACUGAGACCAAAAUCAUGCCCUAAAGUUGGCACAUGUUCGGAAUCAUCCAGCAGUCAAUUGCAGCUCCAUAGUAAAUCAGAAGAAGUUACUGUCGAAGAUCUGGAAGACCCCAGUUAG